AUGAGUGCAGCUUACUCGAACUCGUCGCGAGCGCUUGCCUUCCUCUCGGAAACCUCGGAGGAUGCCAUCGCCGCGCUCAAAGGCUUGGUCGGAGGCGUUGGCUCAGCCAAGUAUCUCGACACUUCAGAGGAUAAGCUUUCUACCAUCGCAACCCAAAUCGACUCGAGUAGGGAUGAAGACCGUAUUGCUGCGCUCACUCGCAUCGUAGCCAUGGUCUCCAAGGGUCGCGAUGCUUCAUCCUUCCUACCCGCUGUCUUGAAACUUACCUCUUCAUCCAACCUCGACGUUCGCAAGCUCGUUUACAUUGUUCUCCUGCGCUAUGCGAAUAGCAAUCCUGAUCUGACGCUCCUCAGCAUCAACAGCUUCCAACGAGACCUGUCCGACCCAAGUCCACUCAUCCGUGCCAUGGCACUUCGUGUACUCAGCAGCAUCAAGGUAGCCAUGGUGGCGCCCAUCGUCAUCAUGGCAGUCACCAAAGCUUCUCGCGACCCCAACCUCUACGUACGCAAAAUUGCUGCUCUGGCGAUUCCCAAAUGCUACCAGAUCGACCGAUCCCAGUUCGACAGUCUCCAGGACGUUCUGGCGAUCCUGUUGUCGGAUCGCUCUCCAUUCGUUUUGGGCGCUGCGCUCUCCGCAUUCCAGCGCAUAUGCCCGACAAAUUGGCAAUUGCUACAUCAGAGCUACCGCAAGAUCUGCCAUGCACUUUCCGACAUGGAUGAGUGGGGUCAGAAUGUUGCGCUUCAGGUUCUCUCGCGAUACGCAAGAACGAAUUUAACCCAGCCCAGCGUUAAAGAAGUAGGACACUUUUCGUCCACAACUUUGACAUCUAGCACGCAGGCAGCAUCAGAGGCUAGGACGCCCGAACUUGAACCAAGCAGUCAGGCCCACCUAAGUGCGAGCAAAGCAGGCGAUGUCGAUAGUCUCGAAGCAUUCCUUUCCAGCGAUGCAACCAGCUCCUCCGCUCCCACCAACAGCACCAGUAUUGGCAAGGUGGAGUCGUUCUCAAAUCCAGGUUCAAUCAAACUCUCAUCGAAUCUUGACCGUGAUCUGGAACUGCUCCUCAGCAAAUCGCGAGGCCUGCUGCACAGUCGAAACCCCGCCGUUGUACUUGCAGUGGCACGCUUGAUCCUCUAUCUGGCGCCUACAUCCGACCACGUCAUGCUCGUCAGACCACUCGUAAAGUUACUUAAGUCGCCUCCCGAUGUCAGUUAUUUGGUCUUGCUCAACAUUCUCACGAUAGCCCGCCGAGACAAUUCGCUUUUUGCUCCCUUUGCGACAUCCUUUUUCUUGGGCGCAUCUCACGAGGAGCCCAUCUUCCUGUCGCUCCUGAAGCUCGACACUAUGGUCGUCAUCUGCAACCCUGCAAAUCUUGAUCUGAUCUUGACCGAAAUUGCCAGCCACAUGCGAUCUGCAGACGCAGCCAUCGCUGCUCAUGCCGUAUCGGGUCUUGGCGAGCUCGCUCUCAGGACGGACCUGACGGCAAGCUCGAGGUGUCUCGCCAUCCUACUUGACUUGCUCCGUAAGCGCAAGUCCGGGCCUCGAGUUCACGACUCAACCAUCGCGCGUGCGGUGCUGGUGAUCAAGAACCUAUUACAGCUGGAUCAAGAACCAAUCAGCGGAGAAAGCGCGACCGAGUCGAAGAGGAUUUCUGCCAUCGUUUAUCGUCUAGCGGCUUUGCUUUUUGGUUCAGGAUCCAAGAACACUGCUGAUGACAAAUCGAAGCGAAAGUCCAAGUCAACGACCCUCGGCAAGGGGGCCAUCCUUUAUCCAGAAGCAAGAGCAAGCAUCCUCUGGCUUCUCGGUCAAUAUGCACGUCAUACCAUCUCGAUCUCUGAUCCUAGCAUGGCUGUCCUCUCGAACGGUGCAGGCCAAGAGAGCAAGACGCUUGCCGAACUUAUCGUGCCAGACGUCCUUCGACGAUGUGCUAUCAACUUCACCAACGAGACAUCGGCUGUCAAAUUGCAGAUGCUCACCACGUCGAGCAAAGCUUUUGCGUUUUUGCCGACUGUGCUCACUUCCACGCCGGCUCUGGACCAAGGUCAUGAGGGAAGAUCGGAGCAGUUGAUAUCUGCGGUGACGGUGCUGCAUUUCUACAUGUUGAAGUUGGCUCGUUACGAUGCCGAUUUCGACGUUCGAGAUCGCGCACGAUUCUUAAAAGGCUUGACUGCGUCACUGACCACAACUAAGAGGUCGGUUGGUACCGGCGGUGAUGAAGGCACUGAAGGUGUGCCUUCAAGCAAGAAGGUGCAAGGGGAUACAAUCCAGGCAGCGAUAGAGAGGGCGGCACAUAUGAUCGGCGAAGGGGUUAGCGAGGAAGGGGAUACAGAUCUGAAAGGCGUACGUCUGCGAAGGGAGCAAGUCAUACAUGUCCUGUUUGACGGUAAAGCAGUUUCCCCCCCGACCAUCGAUGUGCCAAAGUCCAAUCCUGAGAUGAACACCGACUCGCCCUCCACUCCCGAGAUUGCAUCGCUCUCGCUCGUACUGGGAGGAAAACUCAUCAAAGGCUGGCUAGACGCUGCACUUCCCCCUUGGACUUCUGACCCAACCCCAUCGAGCACACGCGAACCUCCCGCGGUCACACAAACACCCACCCACCCGACACUGCAAAACACCACGCUGGCGAACCUCAAAUCCUUUUCCUCGUCCGACUUCGCCUCUUCGCCACUCGCUGCUUCCUCCCCGAUCGUCUUGACGCCCGCAAAAGGCAACGCAACUCCAACCUCUCGCGGCAGUGCGACUCCAAUUGACCUCGAAGCAAAUCCAACAUCGACACAGGCGCAACAAAAGUACAAAGACCUGGAUUCAUUCUUGGACGACAGCGACGAUGACGACGACGAGAGCGGACACGACGAUGGUCGGUAUCUGGACGACUCGGCUCCUGAAGACGAUGAGUUCGCUGCUGGCUCUCACGACUGGGAUCAAGAUGACGAUGACGACGACGAUGAUGAUGAUGAUGAUGAAGAAGAUGAAGAUGAACCGAGUAGUACUGAUGACGAGGAUGGCUCAUGA